UGCCAUGUAAGAGGUGCCUUUGCCUUCCGCCAUGACUGCGGGGCCUCCCCAGCCACGUGGAACCGAAUCCAUUCAACCUCUUCUUCAUAAAUUGCCCAGUCUCGGACGACCCAGCACUUGUUGGAGAGAGACAGCAGCCUCCGCUCCCAUCCUGGCAGCAUCCGUGGGACUCCCGACAUCAGAGCGUCCAGAGCAGGUGCCUCUGAGGAACCGUCCCAGGAGGCCAGGCAGUGCCAGAGUGUGCGUGAGGCCAGGGCUCCCACCCUGCACCCACCACUUAUCCAGAGAGCUGAGGCCUCCUGGGCGCUGAGCGGCUCUGGGCUCUUCAAGAGACGAGACCGGAAGGAGGGGAGCCUGCGGCCUGGGGGUCACACCUGCUUCCCCCUGACGCUGAGGAGCCCCGGGCACAGGAAGCGGGUCCUGGGGGGCGCCCAAAUAAGCCACGCCCUUGUAAGGGUUGUUUUGAGCUGAAGCAGCCGUCCAUGAGGGUAAGAGCGCUGCUUUUUCUGGCUCUGGAGAGCGUCUUCCCCGUGGGGUGUUCCUCCUCUUUCGGGAAGGAAAGGCCAUUCCCAGCCACACAGGCCGUGCUGGAGUGCGCAUGCCUUCCUCCAGCUCAUCUGCCGAUUUUAAUUCUCGGGCCCAACCGAAAAACACCGAGAGGUAAAACGUUGCCUCCCCACCCACCGUGGUCUGGAGGCUGGAGGAGAUUUUCUGUUCGACUCAGUACAGGCUGAGCUCUGUCCCGACAAAUCCCUGUGCUGGAGCUGUGACCCCGUGACCCUCAGGACCCCAGGGUGUGGCUGCGCUUGGGCGUGGAGCUGUAGAGAUUGUGAAGGUAAAGCGAGGCCGUGCGCGUGGCCCUGACUCCGGGUGGCCAGCGUCCUCAUGAGAAGGGGAGACGGGGACACAGCACACAGGACGACCACAUGAGGACAUGGAAUAUCGAGGACGCAGCUCACAGGACGACCACGUGAGGACAUGGAAUAUCGAGGACGCAGCACACAGGACGACCACGUGAGAUCACAGAAUAUGUCCUCUUCGCGCCAAGGGGAGAGCCUGGGGGAGCCAGCGCUGUGAGACACUUUGCCCCUGGCACCAGAGGGAAUGGGCUCCCACUGUUUAAGCCGCCCGCCUGAGCAAACCCACACGGACUACCCGGCAAGGCCUCGCCAGAGCCCCGGCCACAGCAGGGUUUCGUCCUGGUGCCGUGUGGCUGGGGGGAGGCGCGGGGCCGGCAGCGUUUGCACCACACCACUGCCCGCAGGGCUGCCUUUGUCUUCCUGAGUUAUCUGUGUCCCGUUUGCCCUGAUAGGGAGAGACUCAAACACCCCGUCACAGAGGGAGACCCGCGUCUGUGCUGCAGGCAGCCUUGUUAGGGCCUGGUGCCGGUUCCCCACCCUCCCUGGUGGAGAGACCAGAUGUGAAAACACAGAACCCGCCCCAGCCCCGGCCUGCACAGAAAGCCGCCCUGUGCUGCCUGGGACCAGCCGAUCUUUGGCCUCUGACCUUCCAGUGAUGUCACAGCAGCCCCCUGGCAACAGCGCACCCAGCACCUCCUGACUACUCCCUGCGGGACGGCUGGGUGUGAGGGUGGCAGCCUUGCGCUCAGGCCGAGGCUGGGCUGGAGGAUGGAGAAGGACACGGGGAACACACACAGGAGGCACCGGCCCGGCCCCAGGGUCCUGCCCUCAGGAGUGGCCCUCGGGCACCUCAAGGCGGCCUUCGAGGCCUCUGAACUUCAGCGGAGCAGGAGUCUGGAAGGCCUGCAGCUCAAGGGGGACCCUCCCAGCCACCCUAGGAAGCCUCGCAAGGAGCCAGAGUCCGAAGAUCAAGGAAAAGACCCAAGCAGUAGCGGGGAAGAUGCCAGCUGUCAGGAAAACCUAGCACAAGACAAGAAGGAAAGCUUCUGCACCCUUGGGAAGCUGGGUCAUGAGAGUGGAAAACGGGACCCAGAGAGGGAGAAGAGCAACUCGGAGGCCAGCACGCAGGAGGCACGGGAAGGCGAGCACGCGGACGGAGGCUCGCAGGAGGCCAAGGAACAGGAGGCGGAGUCCAUAAAGCUAAAUGACCUUCAGGAAAAAGAGAAAGCAUCUGUGUUUGUGGAGAUUGACCUGGGAGACCACGCUGAGGAGGUGGUCACUGAUGCCAAGAAGGAAGAGAAGCCGUCCCAGAUGGAUGUGGGAGAUCUGUCAGAAGACGAGCCUGGAAGGAGUGAGCUCACAGACCACGCCUUUGGACUAAAGAUCCUGCCAGCCCUGACCAACGCUGGGGCGCUGAUGACCACACCAGGUGUGAGCCACGCCCGAAACCCACUGCCCACUGGGUUGAAGAGAGAAAGGGGAUCCCCGAAGCCAGCACCCACCCUUGACUGGAAGACACCACAGACGAUAAGUGCCCACCAGCCCCAGUGUCACCGUGUCCCAGACAACUGGAAAGGGGCCCUGGACCAGCUGUCCUGGUGGGUGCAGCCCUGCGGUCCACCUGGUAAAGCGAAGCCUCCAGAUGGCAUCACGGGGCUGAAGAAGCCAGACAGCUGCGGCCUGUCCCCCGUGAGGCGAGGGUCGCUGCCAUCCUGGCUGCCAGGCAGUUGUGUGUGACUCAGUUGUGGCCUCUGACUGUGCCAACCAAAAAGGCACCCAGAGAAGCUUCCGGAAAGAUGGUUGGUUUGUCCCCUCGGUGGGGCAGGAGGCGGCAGCUCUGCUGGGUGGCUCCCAGCACCCUCCCCACCACAGAGCAGGCAUCGGCGUGAGUCCGUCCACCCGUGUAUUCGUCCUGUGGCCACGUGUGGCUGGCCUCAUUCUGGGUAUGUCGGUGGCGGUCGCCUCUAGGACAGGGAGGUCCCACGGCUCUUCAGACACAGGAGCUUGGUGGUGGCUUAGCUGUUAGAAUAUGAGCCUUCCAGAGUCAGACACGCCUUUGACUUCUGUUGGGCUCUGAACUGAUUUUCUCAAACCCGGGGUAAUUCUGUUCCUUCACUGGUGAGGUGGGGGUCACGGCGGAUGGGGAAAGAGCUGAUCCGGGCCAGCACUGGGGUGGGAGGGGCUGACUCCCGGGACCCCGGAGUGGUGAUUGUUGCCAUGGGAGGAAAGUUCCAUGUGCUGCUCCCCCGAGCCUUGAUUCUGGGCACUCCAGGGCAGCCAGGCCUGGCUCACAUCUUCCUGCCCACAGGGAGAUUCCCGUGGAGCAGGCACACGCCCUGUGGGAUGUGAGUGGUCACCUGGCUUGGGCCCCAACUCCUAUCAGAGAAGCGGGCAGGUCCCGAGCGAGCUGUUCAGGGCACUCAGCAGCCACACACCCAAGGAAUGGGGCUGCCUUGUGCCAGGCCGGGAGUCUGGGGAAGGGCUCAGUGGGCGCUGAGCUCAGAGUGUCCUGGCAGCAGCAGUCAGCGUCCAGGAUGGUCAGUGGUGAGGCCAAGCCCCGUCUUAGUGGAGGGGACAAGGUUGGGCUUUGGAGACUGGGGAGCAGGAGACAUCCCUGAGGAAACACAUCUACAGGCACAGAGCCGGAGAGCAGCUCCUGCCAUGUGGUCGAUGCUGCUGAGGCCGAGGGCUGCCUCUGCCCAGCCGUCCCGCCCAGCAUGGGCGUGUUCCACUGCUGCCCAGCCGGUUGGGCUGAGAGGCUCGGGCAGCAGCGCUGGCGUCGGUGGAGUGGACCAGGCAGGGGCCCAGGGCAGGAACCCUCUGCAGAUGUGCAGCCCUGAGCCCAGCAAGUCAGCUGCAGUGACAUCCAGGGAGGGGUGGAAGCCCAGACUCCCCCUAGAAGGACACUGCCCUUGGCCUUCAGUCCCAUGGGGCACAGAUGCUGCCUGGGCUUUCUAGGGCUGGCCAGUGGUCCUGGGGUGGUGACCCCUGUUGCCCCAGGCCCAGCCUGCCUUAGUUUUAUCCUCGGUCCCCACUGGCCCCUGACCUGUGCAGACUCCAGUAAGUGAGCAAGGCCGUCAGAGCUCUCCCAGGCUGUGGGGAGACAGUCCAGUCCUACAUGGCUCCUGUGCCUCCGCAGUGGCCCCCUUGGAGCCCAGCUCUGAGCAGGCAGAGCGGCAGACACACGGCAGCACAGACCCUGGGCCGGCGCAGUUCCUCCAGCCACGCCAGCUGCACCUUGGCUGUGUCCCUGUCGGGCCCCAAACACCUGUGGCCGUGCCACCGGCCACCUCUUUCCCACAGUGUCACCCCCCCACCCCUGCCAAGUGUUAUGUGUGUGUUCACUGCAGGUGAUGUAGGAAAGGGUGAGUCUCAGUUCAACGUUCUGGUUCCUUGGGGGCUGUCGGAACGAUCCUGUGUUCUUUCCAGGGUUUUGUCUGACUGGGUUUAGAUGCCCACAUGUGGGAACAUGUAUUCAAUCCCUGUGCAUACAGAUGGUGCCAUAUACAGAGAGACAUAGCUUGUCUUACAAGAGUGGGGUCGCGUUGCACCGUGGCUUUUUACCUUCUUAGCUUCAUUGUAUCCCGAGCAGCCUCCAGGCCACCCAGGGAUCCCUGCUGACCCCUGCCAGGCCCUGUCCGGAGUGCUGAACACAGAGCAGCAGGUGCUGCCAGUCCCCAGCCUCUUGGAGCCCCGGUCCCUGUGGGCGUCUUAGACGGUCGAGUUCAGCACAUCUCUACGUAGAGUUUCGCAAAAGGCAACCACUGAAAUGGGAGGGCCGCAGCGCCAUGGCCUGGUGACGCCUGUGAGUGACUACAGCGGGGCCUGGAGGAGGAGCAGGGGGGUGAGUGCAGCCUUGGGACAGACGCUGGGGCCGACGCUGGGGCCUGGAGGAGGCGUGGGGCGGGGCUACUGCAGACUUGGGGCAG